AUGGAAACGUUACCACGACCCACAGGUACAAAUGUGCCGGAAGGCGCAACAGGGGGCCGUCGCCGUUCGUACGGAAGGCGCAACCCGGCGUCGCAGCAGCAGCAAGGGCAGCAACAGCAGCAGCAGCAGCAGCAGCAGCAGCAGCAACACAGACGCAAACAUCAUCACAGGCGUUCGCAAUCACACAAACUUCGGCGGCAAUCGCCAGAAAAGGGCAUCGAUUCGCAGCUUGUGGGGCAGGCUGGGAGUGGGGACGCGACUGCCCAGCAGCAGCAGCAGCAGCAAAACCACCAGCAACACAGGCCGCAGCAGCAGCACCAGGAGGAGCAGCAGCAGGGGCACAAGCGACGGCCGUCGUCUGAGUUUGCUCACAGAAAGGACCCCCUAGCGGAUACUACGACUACUCGCGAGGCGAGUCCUGUUUCGCCGCCGCCGGCAUCAGCUUCAGCAAUAGCAACAACAGCAGCAACAACAGCAGCAGCAACAGAAGCAGCAGCGCAGCAGGUAGCAAGCUGUGCUGGGUUGGAGAGGGCUCAGUGGACCUCAUCUUUUGAAUUUGCCUGCCGGGACUUCGAUGCCUCUUCUCCGUACGUGCCGAUCGCGCUGCUGGGGAGAGGCGCCGUUGGCCGCGUUUUUCGCUGCACAGAGAGAGCAUCGGGGGACAGCGUCGCCGUGAAGGUGGUGUCGAAGCAUCCUUUGCGGUCUCGCAGUCGGCUGCGGCGCCAGGUGUUGAUGGAGAAGGAAGCACUUGUAGCUUUGAGUGGGGGGGGUCGAUCGGUGCACCCGAGUGUUGUUCAUUUGCGGCGUACAUACCAGACAGCAGACAGCCUGUUUUUCGUGUUGCAUUACGCUGGUUCUGCUUCGCUGCGGGACGUGCUGAGGCGGCUGAGCUGCGCGGGCCUCAGUUUGUCGGUGGGGGCCGCAAGACUCUGGGCAGCAGAGACUGCUGCUGCUCUCGCAGCCAUGAGGAAGAGAGGCGUACUGCACAGAGACAUUCGACCUGAAAAUAUCGUCGUUAGCCACGAUGGCCACCUCACCCUCGUCGACUUUGACUCCGCUCUCUGUCUCACCAACCGGCAGCAACAGCGCUGGCAACAGCAGCAGCAACAGCCACCUGAGCAAACGCAGAAGCAGCAGCAGCAGCAGAAGGGUGCGCGAGCGAACUCGCGCCAUGAGCAGCAGCAACACCUCGCGAAGGAACACCGGCAACAGCUGCAAAAGGCCGAGAGGCCCGCUUCGUCUGUGGGACUUUUGCGCCAAAACAACAGCAGUAGCACUAGCAGCAGCAGCAGUGGUAGCAGCAGUAGCAGCAGCAGCAGCAGCGGGAGCCGAAGCAGCAGGAACCGGUGCGAAAGCGAGCCAGGUCGUGUAAGGGAAGGCCUGGAAGGGGGCAGCAGCAGGGGUAGUGCUGUGAUGUAUCCGUAUGCGGGAACAGCCGCAUAUGCGCCUCCUGAGUUGUUUGUAUCUCUCGACUCUGAUGGAGAGGCAGCGGCUCAGCAGCAGUUCGGCUGCGGCUUCGGGACAGACUGCUGGUCCCUUGGCUGCGUGAUACAUGAGCUGCUGCUGGGGGAGCCCCCCUUCCAAGGCCAGUCAGCGCCUGCUCUUGCCAGCGCCGUCUGCGGUGCCCAGGAGCUGUCGCUGCCGGAGCAGUUGCCUGCAGCUGCAGCAGACCUCAUACGAGGACUGCUGCGCCCGAAGGAGGAGGAGCGACUGGGGUCGCGAGAUAUAAAGGAACUUCUUGAACACCCCUUCUUCAACGGAAUCGACUGCAUGUCGCUGCACUUUCACCCUCUGCCCAUAGACGUAAUGCAGUAUGCCUUUGCGUUCCAGGGUUCAGGGCGUGCUAGCCGAGCUGCAGCAGCUGCAGCAGCAGGCUGUGGCCAGGCUGGGUUUGCUGGAGAUGAAACUGAUGCAGCAGCAGCUGCAGCAGUAGCCGCUGUGUCUGCUGCUGCGCUGGAUGCGGAGCUGACACCUUCGAUUGGCUGCCCUUUCUCCCCUCUGAAGUCCGCAGCAGCAGACUCUCCACAUGUUUGUGAUUGCUGCGACAGCAGCAAGGCAUGCGUGUGCUGUGGGGAGGACCCUGACUCUGUCCCAAUUUCUCCAGGGCAGAGCUGCAGGAGCAGCAGCAGCAGUAGCAGCAGCACCAGCAUGCAAAGCAUCACGGGGAACGGUGCCUACACAUGGAAGCGGAUGAGUAGUGGGGGGUUCAGGGAGGGUAGAGAUACGCAAGAACAACAAGAACACGGGCAGCGGCAGGAGGCCGAGAUCAUGCCUGUGCGGUCCGAGUCAAUAGAAGAACCUCAACCCGCCUGCCGCCGCUCUGUGACAGAUGCAGUCCUUGGCUGGGGCCCCCCGUUGCGCCUUCGCGCUGUCUGCAGUGCAGAUUAUUCGGAGCCUGAUGGUGACAGCCCUGCCCGGGCAGCACAACAAGCAGCACCAGCUCGAGCAGCACCGGGAACAACAGCAGUUCGACCAGAACAGGGAGCAGUAGCAGCUGUAGAAGGCCCCGUUCGGGCGGCAUCUGUUGCUGCAGGCAGCAACAUUCCCUCUCCUGAGGGCUUGCAGCAGUCUGGGUUGCCCAGCACCAGUUUCAGAGAUAAGCAGGGCACUCAAAGAGGCCCCCUCCCCGUACCCGAAGACACCCCGCCGUACGUGGCAAAGUGCUUGCUGAAGGGGGAAAGGAUGCAAUACCAUGGCGUCCUGCUGCGUAUGAGAGAACACAGAAGCUUCUGUGAACGGCUUUUCAUUCGCUUGUUUGGGAAGAGCCACAAGAGGAAUUGCCAACUGCAGCCCCAGCGCUGCCUCGCAGUACUGACAGAUGGGGGACGGCUGCUGCUGAUGGACCCAAACGGCAGAACUCUUCGGAAAACUGUCGUCCUUGCAACUGACGGCGAAAUAUACACCGAAGGAAAGGACAUGCUCAUCUACUCCAGUGUGAAAGACAACUGUUACCUACUUUUCGCGUCAGAGGAGAACACUGUGUCUUUGUGGGCGCGUUCUUUGGCGGUGUCUAUAGAUGGGGACGCGUAUGAGGUCACAGUCUACGGCAUAUGGGCUGGAUGCGCAUUCACCUCCAACAGCGGAGCCCCAUUCGCGUGGCAAGUUUGCUUCACCACCAGCGCCAAGGGCUCAGGACAGGGAGACAGCCGCUGCUUCUUCACCAUUGGAUGA